UUUUUACUAUACAGGAAUAUUGCUAGAGUUAAGCAACUGUCGCGUUAUACUUGGGGAGACAGUAAGAAAGGGGGGAAUCCUUAGCCUAUUGAUAAUGGUUUGUUACUGGAAAUUUUGCUGAAGCCGAAACGAAGUUCUGAGUUCGGGGGGUCAUUUUCUAAUUUGUUUUCUAAAUUGCACUAUAGGCUAGAACCCGUAAAGCUUUCGUUGAGUCGGGGAAAGAGUUGCUGAAGCAAGAUAAGAGGGAAAAACAAGUCUGGAUGCAUGUAUAGUGUAUUUAGUAACAGUAGUAAUUUAUGAAAAGUAUUGGCUUUUAGCUGUUUCCACUUUUUAAGUCUGUCGAUUGUCCGAUCAAGGCAGUUACUAUUUUGGAUGGUAAAGGACAGGAAAGUAACGCUGUAACAGUUUGUCAGUUGAGUUCAUGCGGGGGGGGUGAGUGGGUAAUUUCAGUUGGAGUUUUAGGAAAAAAAAGCAAACUAAUAGCAACAGUUUGACUUGGGCUACACGGGGAAUUUUGCUUUCCCGAGUGUCGGGACUGCGGCUAGUUCUUAAUGCCUCUUCCCGGAUACUGAUGCCAGUGCACUCUCGUGCAGCCGGAUAAUAAAGUAAGACCAAAACGGCCGAAAAGGGAGUACCAGGUUCUGGAGAGAAGAGAUGUCGUCUUUCUCCGAGUCCGCCCUGGAGAAGAAGUUGUCGGAGCUGAGUAACUCGCAGCAGAGCGUGCAGACCCUGUCACUGUGGAUAAUCCACCACCGAAAGCACUCGCCGCUCAUCGUGCGCGUCUGGCACCGGGAGAUGAAGAAAGCCAAAAGUAGCAGAAAGCUGACCUUCCUCUAUCUGGCUAAUGAUGUUAUCCAGAACAGCAAGAGGAAAGGACCUGAGUUCACGCGCGAAUUUGAGACUGUCCUUGUCGACGCCUGCUCCCAUGUUGCAAGAGAAGCAGACGAUGGCUGUAAGAAGCACCUGGAACGGCUGCUCAACAUCUGGCAGGAGCGCAGUGUGUACGGUGCCGACUUCAUCCAGCAGCUCAAGCUGGCCAUCGAGGACUCCAACAGCCCGAAACACAAAGCUCAGGGUAAGCAGGCCGGAGCCAGACGAGCACAGCAGUCCCAGCCAGGUCCUCUCACAGCAGUACAGGCAGUAAACAGCCAGCGCAACCAAAACCGGAAGAAGGUUGAAGAAGUAGAGGAGAGAAAAGCCACAAAGCGCACUUAUCAGAAAAUCCAGGAGGAAGAAGAGGAGGAAGACGAUGAUUACAGAGGCCAUUACUCUCCACAGGACAAUGACACUGCAGGGCCACUGCUGACAGAGGAGCUGAUCAAGGCCCUGCAGGACCUGGAGAACGCGGCCUCUGGGGAUGCAGCUGUCCGCCAGAAGAUUGCGUCGCUGCCACAGGAGGUGCAGGAUGUGUCUCUGCUCGAGAAGAUUACAGACAAGGAGGCGGCGGAGAAGCUGUCGAAGACGGUGGACGAAGCCUGCCUCCUGCUGGCCGAGUAUAACGGGCGGCUGGCGGCCGAGCUGGAGGACCGCCGGCAGCUGGCCCGCAUGCUGACCGAGUACAUCCACAACCAGAAGGACAUCCUCACCGAGCGCGAGAAGAAACUGGAAGAGUACAAACAGAAGCUGGCCAGGGUCACGCAAGUCCGAAAGGAGCUGAAAUCACACAUCCAGAGCCUGCCAGACCUCUCACUGCUGCCCAACGUCACGGGAGGGCUGGCGCCACUGCCCUCCGCCGGCGACCUCUUCUCCACGGACUGAGGAAGGCUGUCCGUUCAGGUCCUCUUCCCUCACAGGAACUGCUUCCCUCCCUGGAAUGAGCGACAUUCAGCUACAACUGACUGGUAUCUGAGAAAGAGUGUCCUGAGAACAGCUGCCGACGUCCCUGUCAAGAAUAGUGGGGAGAAUCGCAUUGAGGCUUCAGAAAGUUCCUCUGAGGGAAAGGGGAGCACAGACUCUCAAAGCUAUUAUUACAUGCUUCACCAGCUAUAAAAAACUGGAAAAAAAUCCGUCAGCAGCCGGGGGAAUAAUUUUAUCUUUUUUAUAUGAAAAUGCUAAUAAGAUACUUGUGUUUCACCCCACCCCCCAAAAAGGGUAGUAAAGUUUGUCAUAAGCUUUCUUAGUUUUGUAGUUUUUUUUAUUUAUCUGCCAGGUGGUGAGGUGGUUGCUGGUAUUUUCAGAGAUGUGCUAUAAAUUAGAGCUCUGACUCUGAAAGCUUUUAAGCUUACUGAAAGGAGUGUGUGAGUCCAGGCUGCUGGGAUUUUAGGCUUCCUCUGAGCUAAUAUUUUAUAAAAGCUUUACAUGGAGGAGACUUUUGUUCAAUUAGCAGCGCUGUGCUUUAUUGUAGACCCAGAGUUCCUUAACAGAAUGUAAAUGACCCUGCUGUAAGAGAUUUUCAUUUUUGCCUUUUCUAACAUUCUAGCACGAAACUGAAAGUUCUUCAAUUGAUAAGCAAAAAUAUGAAAACUUAGUUGCUGGUAGCACUGCCCUUUUCAUAAGACAUGCUGGGUUAUCAGUAAAAGUGCAUGAUGGACCUGAAUGUUUAGAUAAAAACCUUUCCCAGUUUACAUCCAUAUAGGUCUCAAUGUACAAUAAUUAGAAAGGUCUGAAAGGUUCAGCUACUGGUUUUGUAAGCAGGGCAGCCAUUAAACAGUAUCUGGUCUUCAAAGUGUGUCUUUAAAAGAAUAUAAAAACAAAAUCCAGUCAUCUCUACUUAGCCCCCUGAUGUUUACACAGUAUGAUACCAGUCUUCACUUGCGCUGUAAUUGCUAGAAAGCUUGGCAAGCCUUGUGCUGAGACUAUUUUUUAGAGAUUUGUUGUUUUGAGAAACUACAGCUGUCUAGUACAUUAGACUAAAAAAGGAAAAGUGUGCUCAUUAUUUGCAGUGAAAGAUCUCUCAUAUCAAUAAGUUCUACUUUAGUUCUUGUGUUUAUUAAAUGAAACCAUGUCAUCUUAACAUUGAACUACCAAAAAUGAUUGUAACAGUAGAUUGAAAAGAGAGGAUACUUCAUUUAGCAUGCUGAGAGUUUCUGUAAUAAAACAGCUUUUGAUUGUCACUUCUGAAUGGGUCUCACCCAAUUCAGAGGUUUGUUGAGUUUUAAACACUGGCGAAUAAUAGUUGUCCAGAACAAUGGUACCAGACGACUUUUUUAUAUUCAGGCUGCUGAUGUAAAACUUUCCUGCACUUUGGUGGCUUGUAUUUCUCAUCCCCCCCCCCCCCAAAUUCCAGGUUUUCACAGAUGAUUUCAAAAAAGAAUCAGGCUGAAAUGCCUGCUCUAAUUAACUUGGCCCAACCACAUCCUUGCAGUCCGGCGAAUCCUGAGUGUGAGGGAUUCUUCGGUAAGUGAUUGUUCUGCUUUCGGAUGGCGUGUGAGUAAUCUUAUGAAACUCAACCAUGCCUGUUUGCCGAGAUAAAGGUUUCCAAACCUAAAAUUGCGUCUGGGUGAGCAGUUGACUGUGGACUGUCCACUUUGCUCAGAAAACACCUGGUGCCAGUCAGUCCACUGUACAGAGCCAGAAUACCAAUGGCUCACUGCAACAUGGGACUUUUCAACACGUGCUGCAAGGUUUGAAUGUGUGCUAAUGCAAUACAGGAGGCAUCACGUUAAAUUUGAUACCUCAUUUCUUUUUAAACUUCUGUUUCUAAAGACAAAAGGCAUAUACGAAUUUAAAUUCACAAGUGUCUGGUUUUUAAAUUUUGGUGAUAUUUAAAUCAUUAAAGUGGACUCCAUCUUGGUAUUUAAAAAUGUUCAAAUGGCCAUUUUUCUUUUUCUUGUGUCCAUGGUCAUCCCUUUGAAUUGAUUUACUUUGGAUGUUCUAUCCUAUGAUCCUACGUACACUGUACAGGUAGAAGUUUUUUACUAUUCACAUUACAACAUAUUGUUUUAUAUCUAUGUUGCACUUGAACCAGAGAUGCCCAUAGUAAUGGGGAGCCACAGCUGUAGUUGUAAAAAGUAGUUUCAAAGUAGUUGAAAAAUAAACUAGGCAACACUGUGAGUGAGGAAGGCCAGUUGUACAGGGAUCAGAAAGUUCAUGGCAACACUAAAGAUAAAACUUAGGUAAUUCAUCCAUUUUUAAAAGCUUCAGUCCCAAAAAAGGAAUACAAUUUAAGAGUGUGAUAUUAAUUCAUUAACAACUACUAUGUGUGAACUGAACUGAGGUGGGAUGAUGAAGAUGGAUAUAGAGUUAUUGGGCGGGGAAGAAGAGGUUGUGAGUUGGGACAAUGUAUAAAAAAUCUCUGACAAGCUAGAGUACUGAACAAAAACAGUACUGGCACUUUAAAAUGAAUGAACUGAAAUAGUGAGGUUGAAAUUAAUUGGUUGAUAUGGUAAUUAAUUCUUACUCAAGUUAGUAGAGGCACUAAUAAAUGAAAGAUCAUCAUGACUAGGCUUUUCAACCAAUGCUCACCAUACUAUGGUAUCUAUUGAUGUAUGCUUUAAGUCUUUAGAACCUGAGUCUCAAGGGUUUCGAAUUUUAGAAGAGUAUGAAAGAAUGAAGCAGCAGAGAAUUGAGAAUAGAUAUACUGAGUGAAUAUCUCAAAAUUCAGGCAACAAGGGGAUAAUUUAAUGCAGCUUUAUGAUGCUCUAGUUUCAUGCAUGCCACUUAAGUGAGAACUGGAAUGCUUUACACUUUAAGCACACUAGAGAGCAGUAUUUGAACAGCUUAUAUAUUAAGUAAAUGCCAUUUUGGUAGUUAUGUACUAAAACGGGUAGAUUUGAGGGCUAAUUGUGCUAAUGGGGUGAUUAAUAAAUUGAAAAAUUAACAACACCCCUAUAAAAGCAUGUUCAAACACUUUUAAAUUGGUUUUAAGAUAUCCCCCUCUAUCAAAACUUGACCCUCCUAAUUACGUCUGUCAACUACCGUCAAUUCAGCUGGUUUACAUUGUUCUGUUUAUGUUCUACUCAACCACUCUGGAACUACUACCUUCACAGAGUGAGAAGACUGUGAAUAUGCGAGUCUUACUCCUGCAAACCUUUGUGUAAAAAUGUCUCUGCUUUCUCAUGUUUUAAAUCCCCUUUCCCAUAGUUUCUGUUUAUGUCCUCUGGUCUGUUUCUCUCCCAAGUACUGAAGAUGUUUAUUGUACUCAUUUUGACAAUGUCCCUGAGGAUUUUGAAUACUUGAAUAAGAUCCCCUCAUAAUCUCUUGUGUUUAUGUCCAAAUAUUUGUUUAUUUUAAAUUAUUAGAAUAAUACAUUCUUUUAAGCCAAAUAACGUUUCACAAAUCCACAUAUUAGUUUCUUUAAUUUCUGUAGCUCAAUCAGGUUCAACCUGAUCAACCCGCUGAAGUGAUACAAAGCAGUUCUGGGGGGACUGAGCAAAUUCCUAAUUUACACAUACCUUGAGUGGGUGGAUGUACCAGCAAAAUAAGAUUUUUUACUUUUAUUGAAGUAAUUGCAAUGUGAGCAAUAUGUAGCUGCCUUUUCUGCAGCUGGAAAAUCCAGAUGUGUCAAGUGAAUUUGCAGUAUCACCUCUGCUCUGGCCUCAUUUCAGCCACUGGCAGCAGUGCCGGAUGUUCACACUCUGUUGCUGACAGCACCAGCAGAAGUGAAGAAAGUUUUCUGCUAAUGUCUCCAAAAAGGGGCAUUCUUGGUUGAUUCCCUCCCUCAUGGAUGCCUUAUUCAGAAAUCUUUCACCACUGGAGUCCAGAUACACUAUAUUUCACACAAUAUACUGGCUAUAAGAAGUACAUGGAUACAUUAAUCUUGACAGUUUGCCCAUAUAGUGCCUAUUUGCACAACAACUUGAGUUGGAUUCUAAAUUUUCAGCCUAGACUGAAAGUUCUGAGUAUUAUAAGACUUAUUUCUUAUCUAAUUAUCACCCUUUCCCUUCUUUCUGUACAUGGCAGUAUGUGGCUCAGUCUCUGCAACUCCACAGGGAAACACUGUCCCUGUCUCAAGAGGCUGCACUUGAGUUUCAUUAGCACAGAAGCUGGCAGCAGCCGUUUGAAGAAAAGUAUGCUAAUCAAAACAACACAUGACCACAGCUUCACUGGAACAAGAUUAAUAGGGGGCUGCUUCAGUUGUAAAGGCUUACAGUCCGAUGUCAAUCAUGAAAUAAUGUGAAAUCGUCAGAUUUUCCAUCUCAAAAUGGGCUAGGAGAAAUUCAUUUCAGGAAAGCUGAAAACAGCUCUGUUGUAAACAUACUUUUAAUAAAGGCAGUGUUAUUGUAAUGGUAAACAUUGAAAAGGUUGAACCUCUUCAUUUGAAAAUAAAUUCAUCUAGUCUUUCCAGA